CACAAGAGGCCGGCGUUCAGUGAAACGCGUCUUCCAGACCCAUUAACGCGUAUCUCACUGUCCACCAGCCAACAAAAUCGCCGCCUGAAAAAUACCACAGCCUUGAAUAUUUUACGAUUGACGACCGAUUACGAUAUGUCAUGACACCCAAUUAUGUCUGACUGGAGAGAACUGGGAGAAAUCCCAGACUCUGACGACGAAUCCUUUGAUUCCCAGUCAACUGCAAGAGCACCAUCCUCGAGACCGGACGGCGCACAACCUGCUGAUGUAUGGGACGUACCUCUUUCUGGUACAGAAGUGCAUAAUGCACAUCCCACUAUAGAGGUAGAAAUUGGCCAUGUGAAUACUUAUUCAGAUACUUCGUCGCCUUUGAGCUCAACACGGAGCGACGCUGAUAUUGAAGGUGUGCACGAUUUGGUUCAAAACAAGUCGACAGAGUCCUCUAGCGCUACUAGUCCGACUAGAAAUGAUGUCACCCAAGACGAAAUAUCGCCAUCCUUUGUCAUAGGUCCUGAAGUUAGCCUCUUCAGUGGCCAAGAUUCUCAACUACCGUCUCUCACAAAGCCACCAGCUGCCCAGCGUUCAGGGAAUGGUCCAUUUGGAUUCUCGUUCGAAGACUAUCCAGAAGCUCCAUAUCAACGUUCUCUCCGACCCCGUAAGCCGAUUCAAGAGCACCCCUACUUGAUCGAAAAGACGAACUAUAGUAAUAUUCUGCGACGACAUGGUGUAAAGCCUAUUGGGAUACCUACUACAAGCAGUCGGACCCAUACAACUGGUGAUGACGGUGACGAGAGUUUUGACGAAGAUAGCCAGUCAACUGUGGGAUUGCCUAUUGCAGAUCAAUGGGCUGGAGCCGAUGAUGACCCAUUUGGGCUAGCUGCGGACUUCCUUUCAUCGUCACCGAACAAGGGCAGCGACGUGACUGACAGCUUCGUCAAACGGCCGACAUAUGCAAGAGAUGAUAUCGAUUUGCCGACUUUGGAGGAACUGGCUGAUCAAGCUCGGAACACAGCAGCUAGAACACGUAUCGAGACGCCCGAAUCAGCUGCCAGAAAGCGCCGACGACUCGAUUUAAUCCACAGUGAUUCUGUUGAGGCUACCACCUAUCGACAUACUGCGAACAGAAAAGCUCAUACAGCCCAUCAAGAAAGUUCUCUAGACAAUGCCUCCUUAGAUCAUGAGGAGACAAGACAACUGCAAGCUUACCAAUUGGAAGCUCCCGACAUUAUAGAGCUGGAUACCACUGCGCCAAACGCUGCUGAUAUGCUUGACAGUAACGACGCCAACUCUGAACAGUCCAGUCAAAGUGAUAUAGAAUCAGAGCCACCCGAAGAGGAUGAAGAAAAUGUACUUGGGCGUAUUGGCAAACGUAUAAAAGGCGUACUCCCUGCGUCAUGGAUUCGCUUAGAUCAACACGCUAUUAAGAAAAAGGAACUUGACAAGAGUCUACAACGGAGACACACCGGAGCGCUACUGAACAAUGAAAACAGACGCGGCAUUGCGCAAGUUCGACGGACAUCAAAACCACAAUUUGUUCAACCUUGGCUAGGUGACGAAUCUGAUGAUGAGGUGAUGGCACCCGUACCCCAACCUCCAUUGCUUGUACAAGAUGAGUUGAGGUUUGGGAGUCUUGCCAAUAAGGAAAAUGAUAGCAACCAUAUUGUGCUAUCAAAUGACGACCCCUCAGAUAUGGAGCUUGAUGUUUUCGAUGCUAUGUAUUCUACUAGCCGACGCCAACCUAAAUCCUCAAAGAUGGGCAAAAAGCAUCACAAGACUGGUAGCGCAAAAGGAUUGAAGAGACAAACUAGCCUCAUGCAGAAACCGCGACAACCUAGGCGUUCCAGCACCAAGAGUCAAACAGGCAAUAAUCAAAGACGGACGUACAAGAAGAAUAAGCAGAGUCGUCUGAACACAGAUACAUACCACCAAGCCCCCCAGCUGAGUGUCCUUGAUGUCAUCGAACCAGACGCACCUCAGUUUUUGAAAAUUGCCGCGCGCAGCGCAAGGAGACAACGGAACCAGGGACGAAGCAAUCUUGCAAAAAAGCAGAUAAUUCUGGCUAGCGAACAAGAUCAUUCUGAUGUUCUGAAUACUCUAAGGAGUUGGAAACGAGGUGCGAUACAACCUCGUGCGAGCGUAUCUGAAGCCCAAAAGAAACGCACCAAAACUCGUUCGUCUUCAUCGGCUACCCAGCCAAAGGCAAUGAGUAAACAAAGAACAAGACUGGUCCCUUCAUCCACGGCACCGAAUCCGACUCGAAGGAUGGUCAAAAGAGUGCUCAGUGACGGAAGGGUCUCAUUUUCACCGUCGACAAGGGCCGACAAGCCUAUGGUCUCCAAGAGUCAGCUACCACCAGUACCUGUGCCACGGCAAUUUGGUACUACUGCUAGACCGGCUCAAAUGGAAACAGAAGCAGUCUACAAGCAAAAGCGUUUGGAGUUCCAUAUGCGGAAAAAAGCUCUUGAUCUGGUCUACAAACACUCCAAGACCAAUAUCCGACACCACCAGGGUGACAAUUUCUCCGAGGCCAGCUUUGAGAGACAAAUGCUUCAAUCUUUGAGAUCUACACCUUCCGAUAAUACAGAUAAGCCCGUCAUGUCCGUCCAAGCUCUGAAGACACGAAAGCCUCGCAAACAAAAUCGGCCACAGCAUGUCGAUAUCCACGAACCAAGGUUUCGGCAUCAGCUAGGACUAGCACCUUUCGAAUACGCACCAUCUUCGACCAUCGUUGCAAUGGACAAUACUUCGGACCAAGACAAGCUGCUAGGACUGGGAUCUUUUGGCACACACUAUAGCAUUCACUUCGAUAUGUAUCCCCUUCUCGCUGGCACCUACUUUCAUGAAACCACGUUAAUUGGAAGUGGCGUGAUUGCAGCCUGUUCUAGUAUUGGAAACAGGCUUCAGUCUGACUCCCCACCCAAUCAGGCAUCCUUCCAAAUUGGUCACCAGCAAUUCAUUUGGAAUACAUGGAAUGAGCAGACCUCGUCUGAACUAGGCAUCAUUUUGGACUAUGCUGGCGAUCAUGUCAAUAUCGACUUAUCGUUGUCGGCUGCAGCCACUGGGUUCGUGAGAAAUUACGUUGUCAAACACCUACGCCUUUUCAACGAAGUUGAAGUCAAGUCUUUUACCGCCAGGGUUACAGAAACAAUAGGUGCGCUCCAAGAACGUAUCGCAACACAUUUGGCAACAGCUCCUAUAACGGAAGAAUACUCGAUCUGGCCUAUUUUUGACGACCUGAUUAUAAUAGGAUUAUGCAAUGUGGAGAUUUGUCGACAACAUUCAAUGCUCCUCAGUGAGCAAAUGUCCUCUGAGAACCUUCUGAAGACAAUCGCUAAGCUUGCUAUUUCGACGUUGAAUAAGAUUGACGCGUCGCGAAUGGUUGAUGCCUACGACCGUAUGAGAGAUUAUUCGACUCGGGAAAGGGGAUUUCGUACGGACACACCCAUCAUCCACUCUUGGGUUCUCCUUAUCAAAGCAUUUGAAGCUGCUUCAAUUCUGCGCGGUUCCUUUUGGGAUGUGGCGUAUAGUGCAUUGUUAACUCCUGAAGUGAUGACAUCUAUGGAUAUCAAUGUGUAUGAGCAGGUAUGGCGGCUAGUUUUUGCCUUACUGCCAUUGUUCGAGUUCGAUAAGGACGGCAUUCUUCAUUCCGACAGACGCUAUAACGUCUCCGAAGAUGGAUGGCCGAUUGCCCAGAGCCUUAUGAAGCAGAUCUUCUCAGCAUAUAACACCAAUCCAAGACAGCCGGCCAAUUUCAACAACUACUGUAGAGCUAUCUUGUCCCGGUGUCAUACACUUGUCCGGCAGUGGGGAUGGGGCAAUGCCUCUGGCAUUAUUGGUGCCAUCUUUGACUUUUUCGGUACCCAUAACCUUGAACAUCUGCGAAAUGAAGAGGUAUUCAGGUCACCACAAUUUCUUGAAGAUCUAGCGGCAUCCCCAUCAUUGGAACUCGAGUAUACGGAUAAGUGCUUCCAUAUUUUUUUGAAACUUCUCGCUCUGAGCAUUAUUAGGCUCCGCGAAACGGGGGCGUCCAAGGAUAUUAGGAACAUCAUUGCACGUACGAUUCCGAACCAUAAUCGGCAGUACCUCAAGGAACAGGUGAUCCAUGAAAGAGAUCUGGCAGCGCUCCGAAACCACCACGACUUGCUCUGUACUCUAUUUUGGGCAUCACCACCAGCGCUCAGGCCACAGCUUACUCUGAUUGAACACCUGGUAACGCCAGAGUCUUCCCACAAAGAAGCUUGUCUAAUCAAUCUACGAGCAUGGAACCAAUUGGCGCGGUUUAUCGCAAGCAAUGGCGAAGUAGAAACUGCAUUUAAACCGUUCUUGCAGUGGCAAAGGACAUUUUUGCAAAGCACUUUUCAACAAUUUGACUCGAUUGCAACAGACAUCCAACAACAGCUCAGCGCCUUCCCAACAGACCUUGCAGCGUCCUUCAACUCCGAAGCUGUCAAUAAUAUGGUUUUAAUCAAUAAACGGGCUGUCAGCGAUGUGCUACACUGCAUGGCAUCUUGUUCUUUGGAUGUGGUGAAGCAUGCAGGAAACCUCCCAGCAGCCAUUUACUCUAUCAACAUAUUUCUGCUACAAAAAGUCUUUACGCAUUUCUCAAGAUCACCACCUGAGUUUGAGUGGUCGGUAUUGGCGGAUGUGCUCUCGAUAUUAGAGGUAUUUUUAGGCUACAUUGAUGAUUUCAAAGCGAACGAAGACAGUCAACCAUCGGCAAGCCAGCUUUUGGAUGCAACAAUGGGAGACGACGCGCUUCUUCUGUUGGAUAAUGAUAUAUCGAAGAGUCUAUUCUCCAUGACAAGGACUCUAAUUAUCACACAGGCACAACCCGGGAACAUGGGCAAACGUGGCGGCAGUCGAGAGUCGUGUACUGAAGAAGCCACUGUGCUAGCAGGUCGACUGGUGCAUAGAUUCAUCUCUGGUGGCCUCAUCACGCUCUCAGCUGUGACUGCACCAUCCACCUACAACCUAUUCAAACGAUCUUGGCUUUGCCUCAAUUCUGGGGAGAAGCAAUACACAGUUUUGUUUGUCAGCACACUGCUCAGGUUAGGCAUACAGGACGUUUCUGAACUAGGGUUCACGCUGCUUCAGCUAUGGUCGCUGUCUAUAGUAAAGCCAGAGCGGGAACUCUCUUUUGAGCUUCAAUUGGCGGACCAGCUUAAGGCGAACGACGCACAAUUUGUCCCCGAUUUAUCUCGAAAACAAACUAUGAACUAUACUCUUAUGAGCGAUCUAUUCGAGUACGAUGUUGCCUUUAUGCGCCGUUCUCUUCAUACAGCAGACCCGAGCGACAAAAAAACGCUAGUCACAGAAUAUUCUGCAGUCCUCCGCCUUGUCAUGGAGCAAAUGAAACGAGAUUUAACAUCACUGGCUUCAGAAGAGGCCCUCCAUGUUCCAUACGUACUUUUUGUUCGACGUAUUAUUUCUCUCAUCAGAGCGCACGGAUCCGAAAUUUGUGCUGUGGAUGACUUCUACUAUCAAAUGACAAAGGAGUAUUCUCCUUCUAUCCAAGAUCCACAGCUUCAAGUUGCCGGUAUGGUUUCAUACGGACUGCGCCUUCAGGACGGCGACUCCAGAGUCGGGCAGCAACUCUUUUUCUUCCUGCUUAAUAACGCAAAGCAAGCAAUCAUUCGCGAUUCGCUUGGCGAUAGUAUCAACUUGCUGAGGAGAGGAUUUGCCGAUACAAAUGUGGCCAACUUUAUACUGCGAUACCUUCUUCCCGCCAUCAUAGCCGCUUCCCUGCAACAUGCAUCGGUAUAUCCACUGUUCGAUAUUUACGCCGAGGCUUUAGAUGCUGCUUAUGGCAACUUAAUGGUUGCAAAAUCGGUUCCUGAUAGCGACGGGAUCACAGCGAUCUUUCAUCUUAUUAAAGACGGCUUCAAUGACUUUCACCAAGCGCAGCGCAUAUUAUCUCGAGAAGAAUUGCAUGUGAUUCGACAGUCAGUUGCUUGUAUGAACGUUCUCUGGCCAGCAUUGUUCGAAUCUUUCCUAAAUGGACUUAUUCAGAGUUCAUUGCAGACUGACGCAAUUUUGGACCAACUCAGCGCAACGUUUGAAGAGGCUAUAACAUAUGUGGGAACCAAUACCAUAUCCCGAGAGCUCGGGGUAGAUGCUACGCGACUCUUCGGCGCUUUGGACCGUUGCGCUUCAAUUAAUCGACGACAACCAGACCAUCAGACAAUAUUCUUUGCGGAUCAUAUAGUCAAAGAUAUUGACAAGAACUGGGUUGAGAUAAAUGGGAGGAUCAACAUACAAACAACAGUAAAAGAUGCAAAGGGUGUAGAGGCGCCAGUUUUCGAUCUUGAAGUUCUUAUCAAAGAUAUAGAACUUGAAAUGCGAGAAUGGCUACGAUGGCGGGACAAGGUUUAUUGCAAUACACUUGCUAUAAAGCCCAUCGACGAUGAUGAUUUGAUUUUUUAGUAAUUAAUGAUAAUGAAAACCACGAUUAUAUACUCAUGAUUUCGAAAAUGACUUUAGCCUUGUAGUCUGUUCCGAAGUAUAAUGCUAUUAUGGUG